CUCCCAACAGUUGGAACAGAAGAACGAGCUAAAGCUAUUAGCAUCGUUAGCUUAGCAUUUGGUGUGGAGGGAUCCAGUCUGAGUCUGCGCAGCAACAAUGUGUUCAGUUCAGCCUCUGAGAGAGUUUAUCAGACAGAGACUAACUGUUGCUGCUGAAGAAAUCUUCUCAGAGGUGGAAAAAACCAUCAUCCAGUACCAGGAGGAGAUCGACCGUCAGAGACUGCUGGACAUCAGGUGGAGACCCCGAACCGAACAGAACCAAGCAGUUCUCCAACAGAGCUCCUUCUCUAGUGACAGGGAGAUUCUUGAUGACCAGGACAUGAGUUCCAUCCGGGGCCAGGAGGAACCAGAACUUCCACAGAUUAAAGAGGAGCAAGAAGAAUCAGAACCUGAGCUGAACAAAGAUGAAUAUGUAGAAGUUUGCAUCAGUGAGGAUGAAGAGGAGAUUUUACUGAAGGAUGAGGAGAGUGAUGCCUUCAUAGUGACUGUCACUCAAGAGGACACAGACUAUGAUGAACCAGAACCAAAACAGGGUCAAGUCCACACUCCAUGCUCUCCUGAAGCUGCAAAGCAGGAUCAGGGAGGAGGUGACGACAUGGAAGACCUAAUAGCAACAAAGGAACAUGAUGAACACAGUGUAGGAAUGUCUUCAGCUUUGCAGGCAGCCUCUGGUACCAACCCAGAUAAAAGGUCAGUCCAAUGUGACAUAUGUGGAAAAAGUUUCACUCAGAGUUACAACAUGAGAGCUCACCGCAGGAUCCACACAGGUGAGAGGCCUUUCUCCUGUCAGGUCUGCGGCAAAAACUUUAUCAAGUAUGACAACCUGCUGGUGCACAUAAGGACCCACACAGGACAGAAACCCUACUCCUGUCUGACUUGCAGUAAACGCUUCAGCCAGCGAAGCAACCUGACCUUUCACAUGAGGAUCCACGCAGGCGAGAAGCCUUUCACCUGUAACACCUGUGGGAAGAGCUUCACCUCCAGCGGACAUCUGACCAUCCACAGGAGAACCCACACAGGGGAGAAGCCCUACCUGUGCAACGUCUGUGGAAAAUGUUUCAGUCAGAGCGGUGGCCUGUCAGCCCACAGGCGCACCCACACAGGCGAGAGGCCGUUUACCUGCAAGGUGUGUGGCAAAGGUUUCAUCAGGAGCGACGAGUUGUUGGUCCACAUCAGAAUUCACACCGGUGAGAAACCUUACACCUGUUCCAUCUGUACCAGGAGCUUCGCUCGGAGCUGCCAUCUCACAACACACAUGAGAACGCACACAGGGGAGAAGCCAUAUUCCUGCAAGAUGUGUGGAAAGAGUUUCAGUGAAAACCGCAGUUUAACCGCCCACAUCAGAACCCAUACUGGCGAAAGGCCGUUUUCCUGCGACAGAUGCGACAAGGCCUUCACAGACAAACGCAACCUGGCCACCCACAUCAGGACCCACACCGGUGAGAAGCCGUUCUCCUGCUGCAUCUGCGGGAGGAGUUUCUCAGAAAAUCGGACGUUAACGGCGCACAUGGUGACGCACACGGGAGAGCGGCCAUAUUCCUGCAGCUUCUGCAAAAAAAGCUUCACUCAGAGCAGCAAGCUGGCCGUACACAUGAGAGAUCAUAGUGAGCAGAACCUUUAGACCACCACAUCAGAUAUACCAUUAGGCUGACAGCUAAGAACGAAAUAGGUAGAACCUGUAAAACCUUAAAGCCAACAGAUACGAUUUCAAUAGGGAGAACUUUUAAACUGACACAAAGCAUCAGAUUGAGGAAAACAUUUCAAAGUGGAAAUUAAAUGGUUGACCAAAUAACAUUGUGUCUAUUAUUAUCAAUAAUCAUAUUACAAAUGUGAAACAUGUUAACUUAGAUGAUAAAACGAAGCAUUGUUUUAUAAUUUUUUGGCAAUGGUGCUGCCAUGUUGCAGUACUCAAAGUGGUGAUGUCACAGGGUUGGUUCGCUCUGUAUCCUCCAGUCUAUCUGUUGUCAGGAGGCUGACCUGGACCACGUACUGCAGGGGAG